AUGGAGUUCGAUGAAGUUCUCCCUGGUACUCAUCGGCUAUACGACCCCAAUGGAAAUGCAUUGCAAAGCGAUGUCGGUCUGAAGAAGCAUGGCGAUAUCGUGCUGGUGCCUCAGCCCACCGACUCACCAAAUGAUCCUCUCCACUGGUCCAUGCCUCGCAAAAUCCUGCACAGCUUUCUCGUCUGCUUUAUUACCGCAUUGACCGCGGCCACGAGUAAUGACUGCGGUCGGUCCCCCGCUGCCUUGAACCUGGAUCUCAAUAUCAGUUACAGCUCAUUCAACACAGGCGCCGGCAUCCUGUUCAUUGGCAUAGGCUAUUGGUGCUUGUUGUCCUCCCCAGCCGUAUACCUCUAUGGCAGGCGUAUACUCUAUCUCGUAUGCUUGCUCUUUGGCCUUGCAGGAAGUAUUUGGUUCGCGAGAGUCCAGAAAACAAGCGACGCUCUUUGGAAUCAGCUAUUUGUUGGAGCUUCCGAGUCCGUGGCCGAAGCAACUGUGCAGCUUUCCCUCAUGGAUCUUUGGUUCCAGCACCAACGAGGCUCCGUUCUGGGUAUAUACAUCCUUGCCACCAGUAUAGGGACGUUCUUGGGGCCGUUGAUUGCCAGUUAUAUUGCAGACAGCGAUCUUGGUUGGAGAUGGAUUGGCUGGACCGGCGCCAUUUUCAAUGGAGGCACAUUCCUGAUCUUUUUAUUCACACUCGAAGAAACCGCUUUUCGUCGAGAUCUUGUCCUUGUCAACAACGGUGACAGGUAUCUUGUGGAUGGUGUUGCCACAGCAGAUGGGGCUGAUAGCGAGACCAGGUCAAGCUUGGCUGGGACCAAAAUUGAUGAUGAAAAGGCCGCAUCUAAGCGGAAUGGGUCUGCGGCUAUCGAACAGCAAUCGUCUGCAAGCCAGGAAAAGCGUAAGACAUACUGGCAGCAAAUCGCUAUCAUAACACCAGCAGCAAACCUCCGUGGUAUAGGCUUCAAGCAAUACUACCAACGGCUUUUCCAUACUCUGAGGGUAUUCACCUUUCCAGCUGUCAUAUACUCAGGUGUUCAGUGGGGUGCCCAAGAUGCUUUUCUCACCUUCUACUUGACCGUGGAAGAAGAUAAUUGGUAUGGUCCACCUUGGAACUACUCUGAUGCCGCAGUGGGAAAUAUGAGCAUCCCAAGUCUCAUUGGCGCCGUUAUAGGCUGUUUCUAUGGUGGUUGGUUCAGUGACAAGUUCGUUGUGUGGAUGGCACGAAGAAAUGGUGGGGUCAUGGAAGCAGAGCAUCGCCUAUACCUCAUGUUCCUUGCAGCAGCAAUUUUUCCAACCGGUCUGUUCAUUUUCGGCAUUGGCAGCAACGAUGGAUGGGCAUGGCCAGCUCCUUAUGUCGGGCUCGGCUUCAUUGGCUUUGGUUGGGGCUGUGCAGGAGAUCUUUCAAUGGCCUAUCUGGUCGAUGCGUAUCCGGAUAUGGUCCUUGAGGGAAUGGUCGGCGUUGCCGUCAUCAACAACACUCUUGGCUGUAUCUUCAGCUUUGUGGCCAGUAAGUGGCUUGACCAAAGCGGCCUCCAGAAUACCUUCAUUGCCAUUGGAGCACUCUCAUUUGCCUUUUUGAUGACGACUCUCCCAAUGAUUAUUUGGGGAAAGAAUGCUCGACGCUGGACGAGGACCAGAUAUCAGAAAUUCUUGGAGAUACGUGAUGGGUUUGGAAACUGA